AUGGCUUCCGAUCCGGAAUCUCCCAUAGACGAAUAUCCAAUCUGCGCUGGCUGCACCGACAUCGGACAUGUCGCGGACAACUGUCCUACCUUGAAUUUGUUACACGGGCUGCAAACCAUGGCAAGUCAACUUUCAACCUAUAUCCUAGGUAUUCUGGGCGUCUAA